UACAGAGUGGGCAGGUCUUGUUGUAGUGGGCUCCUCUAUUACUGUCUUGGCAGGUGCUGCUGUAGCUCACACGGGGCUUGAAGAGCCUCCCUGCUUUAUCCUGUUAUAACUAAAGAGAGGUGACCUGGUUUCAGCACCGCGGCUCGUCAACAGCUCCACUAGUUCACGGCGGUGAUCAGUCCAGCCCCUCCCCGCCCGGUGCGUCUCACAGAGCGGCUACUCCAGGGCGCAGCGUCCGCGGCACUUUCAGCACCAAGCAGCAGCAGCGGCCGGAGCGGAGCUGUCCAACACAUUCAGCACUUUGCUUCCGGGCAGCCAGGACACGUCUUCCACCUGGACACGACAAUGGCGUCAAAAUGCGUCGGCCUUUUCGUCCUUUUCCACCUUGUAGCCCUGAGCCAGAUCUCUGCCUUCCCAACACCUACAGCCUCAGCGGAUGAUAAAACUGUGUACAACAGACAGUUGACAGAAGAAAGGCCACUACAAGAGCAGAUUGCUGAGGCGGACAGCGUGAAGGCUGCGGUACAGUCAGCUGAGAGCAAGCGUCCUGCUGCCUCCAAGGACGCAGAGUCAGAGCAGGACCUUGAUGACUUCACCGUGCUGAAGUCACUGGCUGACAGCCAGAAAUCAAAGGACACCACUGAGGCACCACUGAAGAAGGAGGACAAGUACGUUCCAGAUGAAUCAGACUCGACCAAGAGCCGGCGUCUGGCUGAGGACUACGACUCCACCAAGAACGGGAUGGACUACGGCAAGUACCAGGAUGACCCAGAAAGCUUCCGUCAGGUCGACGGCACUCCGCUGACAGCAGAAGACAUCGUCCAGAAGAUCGCAAACAAGAUCUACGAGGAGGAUGACAGAGGGGUGUUCGACAGGAUCGUCUUAAAGCUGCUCAAACUGGGGCUGAUCACAGACAGUCAGGCAGAUACUCUGGAGUACCAGGUGGCCGAGGCUCUCCAGGAUCUCAUCACCAAAAACGCCAAGAACAACGAGAUUGAGGACGUCGAGAGCGACGACCAAGACACCAGGGGAGUGCAGGACGACCAGGGCUCAGAUGCAAACAAGGACACGUGGGAGCCACCCAGGCGCAGCUACAAGGAAGACGAGGAGGAUGAGGAAGAAGAAAACGAUGAUGAGAAUGAGGACGAGGUGGACAGGGACGUAGAAGAAGAAGAUGGGGGCAAAACAGACGCCAACACCUGGGACAAAGAUACCGAGGAGGGCAACGAGGUGAGCCCUGAAGACGGUCUCCAGGACCUGCAGUACUUCCCCAACUUCUACCGUCUGCUCAAGAGUCUCGACUCAGACCAAGACUCUCAGGAGAGAGAGACAUUGAUCACCAUCAUGAAGACGCUGAUCGACUUUGUGAAGAUGAUGGUGAAGUACGGCACCAUCACGCCGGAGGAGGGAGUGUCCUAUCUGGAGAACCUGGAUGCCAUGAUCGCCAUGCAGACCAAGAACAAGCUGGGCAAGGCCCUCGGGCCUCCUGACUUCACUGGACCCAACGGAAAGAACCUGGAUGAGGACGACAACACCAAGGCCGAGGCCGCCAAGAUGCAGAAGGAGUAUGAGAACCUGAAAGACUCAACCAAGGAGGAGCAGCCAUCAACUGAGACCAAUCGGCCCGGCAAGUCAGAGACUUAUCUGGAGGCCAUCAGGAAGAACAUCGAGUGGUUGAAGAAACACAACAAAGAAGAAGGCAAAGAUGAUUACGACCUGUCCAAACUGAAGGACUUCAUGGACCAGCAGGUCGACUCCUACAUUGAGAAGGGCAUCAUCGCCAAGGACGAAGGCGACACCAUCAAGAGGAUCUACAGCAGCCUGUAACGCCAUCGCCCAUCCUCCAACAAGCCUCUGGCCUAAAUCACAGGACUGAUUAACAUCUCCAACAAAACCCCGACUACUUACAGUUAUUUCCCAUGGCAUGGUAAAGUAUAUACUGUGUAUUCCAAACUACCUGCUGAGGGGAACUCUUUGACCCUCCUGGACAUUCCCAAAAUGUAUCAAGAGAAGGGAUUUAAUAAUACUACCAACAAAACAGCAAAAUGAUUCUUUACAGCUACCUAACUGAUUAUAUUUGCACGCCAAGAUCGCAGAGUAAUAAUCACUAGAAUAUUAUUAAGAGAGAAAUCAAAGUAUUUUAUUUAACCAACUCACACGUCAGACUAAAUGCUAGCAUUUACUCCAACCUGACUCCUGUGGGAAAUGAAUGUUAUGAGAGCUGUAGCUUUGUCAUUUUCCAAUACAGUUUUUGCAACAAAAUGCACAUAUAUCAAAUUGUACUCAUUCUGUGUAACCUGUCUUAGCCUAUUAUAUUCCUUUUUUUUCCGGUGUAUAUGUAAGAUCUUAAUGUAUUCUCGCUUUUUAUUUUACCAAAAAUAUAUUUGUUGUGCAUCAUGUCAGUGCCCUCCGUGCUCCUGUUAUGUUCUGCUGUAACUCCUCUGGAUGACCACUAGGGGGCUGUGUUUGUACCAUCAAUGCUCUCUGCAUGUCUCUGUGAGUUCAACAUUUCCAUCUCUGUAGAGACUCAAGAUAAGUAUUUUUAAAUGUAAAUAUUUGUGAUUUUUUCCUAAAGUUUAAACGCAAUUAAAACAUUGCCUUUUCUUUA